CUCGCUGUGUAUUAUAAAUCCAUGGCUGAUGAAGAAUUGGAAGCCAUUAGACGGCAACGUGUGGCCGAACUGCAGGCGAAACAUGGGGACCAUUCCAAUGACCAGCAGGGGCAGCAGGAGGCCAAACAGAGAGAGACUGAGAUGAGGAACUCCAUAUUGGCUCAACUCUUAGAUCAGUCUGCCCGUGCCAGAUUGAGUAAUUUGGCUCUUGUAAAGCCAGAUAAAGCGAAAGCUGUGGAAAAUUACCUGAUUCAGAUGGCUCGCUUUGGACAACUUGGAGGAAAAAUUACAGAGGCUGGAUUAAUUGAGAUCCUGGAGAAAGUCAGUCAACAAACAGAGAAGAAAACAACUGUAAAGUUUAACCGACGUCGGGUAAUGGACUCCGAUGAAGAGGAUGAUGACUAAUAUGCAGGUGUCAUAAAUCAGCUGGGCUUUCUGUAGUCACGGUACUUUUGGUACUCUGGUCUGACUGCUGACUGGGGCAUGACUAUGACUGAUAGAUCAAUUGUCCUGCCCAAUACACAAUCACGGGCAAAGAACUUUGAUCUGUGGUGAUACAGGAACUCUUCAUCUAAAUACUGUUUCUGUUACCGUUUUUUUCUUAGUCUUUAGUUUCUCUUUAGUCUCUUAGAUUCUCUUAAUUUUUCUUUGCCUCAAAAUAACACAAUGCAGCAAUGCUGCUACAUUUUUAGAAUUUUUUUUUUUUUUUUUUUUUGAGAAUACAGUGGACAUUUCUGAUCUGUUGUUGCAAAAUUGGAACUGGCCUCAUAUCUUUGAUUUUGUGGACUUUUUUGAGGAUACAUAUAUGUGCAACUGUUUACAUAAUAAAAGCCUUAAACAAAA